AUGAAACAAUGGACAUUUGUCUUAUGCCUUUUAGGAACAUGUUCUGCUUUGCCGGUACUGCCUCGUCAUGCUGGGAUUCCUGGAAUGGGUAGUAUAAGCCUUGAGGGAAUGAGACAGUUGGGUGGACCAAAUGUACCCAAGGUACUCCCUCAGGUAAUCACAGUUAUGCCACAUAGCCUCUUUGCAGAAAAAUAUAUUAAUGAUGAUGAGAAUAAGCUGAUGACACUAUUCUAUACUUAUUCUAUUUGUUGGCUUACUUACAUCCAAAGCAAGGAACAUUUGACUUUAGAAAGAAUUUAUGGCCAGACUUACAGCUACGCUGAUCCAUUUAAUUCGAUGUGGAUGCACAAUUUCCUACCGUCACAUUCAUCAUUUUACUUGAUACGACAAAGACCUCAACAUGAAACCCAACAAUAUGAAUACACAAUGCCAGUGCACCCUCCUCCGUUGCCAUCUCAAACACCCACUCUGCUCCAACAACCUGGGAUACAAGAGCAACCUCAUUACCACUAUGCACACUUCCUUCCUACAAGGCAAGUCCAAAUGCAACAUUAUGAUGUCCAGCCGCCAUUUCAUCCAAAGCAGUUUUCUCCAUCAGAAGGAAACCAGCCAGAUGUUCAACAACAGCUAUCAUUGGACAGACAGGCUCAACAGUUACCUGCCAUACAAGACUAUUCAGGGACAUUGGGCCAAGCAGUAUGUAUUGUAAUCACUCAUAUUUUUCCUGAUAACCCAUCCAACUUUUUCUUUCUUUUUGAAAAGAUCUACCCUGGCUUAUUUGGAACCCAGCAAAACACAGCCCAACAACCACAGCAAAGAUCUAUCUAUCCUAAUUUGCAAUAUAUGUCUUAUGUAGCAAACAAAGGAGUUCCUACCAGAUUAGGAAUAGUAAGCUCAGAAGAAAUGCAGGGUGGAGGAUUUGGUGCACCAGCCUAUCAGGCAACAGGCCCCCAUGGCUUUCCCAUUGAUGCCAGAUUUGGAAAUAUGCCACUGAACAGAGGCCAACCAGGAGAUUACACAGUCGAAGAUGAUCAGCUGGGCAUUACAGAACAGCCUGAAGUUCCAAAAGGAGCCAACCCAGGACCCAAUCCUCUGGACAGAGGGAAUAAUGUUAUCCCUGUAGAUAUCAACCCAAGGGUUGCCUUGCCCAAUGCCAACAACAACAACGUGUUAAACCCUGCUGGUCAGAGUAAAGGGCAGCCAAAUGCGCCUCAAGCCACCGCUUUGCCUCCAGUAACUCCUGAUAGCUUCAUCCCUUUAGAGGCAACUAGCACUCCCAUGCCUUUGGAUCCUACCAUGUUUCCUGACUCCUUUUACUCAACCAGUGCAGGAAAUGAAGCUGGCCAGCCACAAGUCAGUCAAAGCAGCUGGCAUUUGCAAGAGCCCUGA